AUGAGAAAAAAACAAAGACGACGACAACAACGAACUUGUUCAGCCUUCUUGGAAGAUUUACCUAAUGAAUUACUUGUUCAAAUAUUCUCUUAUUUAAAUGGAGUGGAUGCUAUUUAUGCCUUUUCAUAUCUUAAUAAUCGCUUCAAACAUUUACUUAUCGAAAAUUGUGAAUCGUUUGACUUUCAAUCAAUAAGUAAAUUAAAAUUUGAUCUUGUCUUUCAACAUCAAAAUACAAAACGAUGGAAAUCAUUAAGAAUUUCUGAUGAUGAACAUACACCUGGUUAUGUCGAAUACUUUUGUCAAGCUUAUUCUUUAAUCAAUGAUUUUCCUGAAUUACAGUCAUUAGUCAUUUCACAUGUAGACUUUCGAAAGACAUACACGAUUGUAUCGCAACUUUCAUCUCUAAAAAAUCUUGUUUCAUUAACAAUUAAAUCUCUUUGUGGUGAAAAAAUGCCUCAACUUGAUCUUCCAAAUUUGAAAAAAUUUGUUUUUAGUGCUUGUUCCCAGAUUGAUUGGCUAAAAAAUUUUUCUCAACUUGAAAGUAUUGAGUAUACAACACAAAAUUGUCAUUGGUUUAGGAAUGAUUUAUCAUGGCCAUCAACAUUAAAACAUCUGAGAAUUAUAUUUGAUUAUGAAGAAUGUUUGAAUUUUAUACAACGUUCACUUGUUCAUUUAUCAUUACUAAAUAGUUUCGAAAUAUAUCAAACACAAAGAGCGAGAAUUCCUCCUAAUGGUCAAAGUUGGGAAACCUUGAUUCGUUCUUCCUUUCCAUUAUUAAAAAUCUUCAAAUUUUAUUUCAACAUCGAAUAUUCAUCGCAAUCAUCCUAUCAAAUGGACGAAGUCAUUGUAUCAUUUUCCACACCAUUCUAUAUAUUGGAAAAGAAAUGGUUUAUUCGUUGUGAUAUAUCUGAUCGUGGUCGUGCACUUCUCUACUCACUACCAUUUCCUUUCGAUACCUACACAGCUUUGCAAGGUACUAACAUCAAAACUAUUUCAACUCUAUUGAAUGAUUAUAACGAUAAUUCCUAUACUAAUAUAUUCUCCAAAGUCAAAACAUUAGAAGUCUUUUAUAAAUCUUCUGAACCCGAUGAAAACUUUCAUAAAAACAGAGUGAUUAAUUUGACUAUUUAUAAUGACUUUGAUUCAAUUAAAUGGAUGCAUGUAUUAAGUAAACUACAACAUGUAGAAAUGAACUAUCCUACAACGAUGUUACCAGAAAAUUUUCUUCAUCUAUUGAAAAAUGCACGUCAUUUAAGUUCAUUAGUUGCAGAAAAGAGAAUUUUACAGAUAGCGACAGACCAUUGGAAUAAUGUUUCUAUAUGUGAUCAUCUAUCUCGUAAGAUUAUCUCUCUAAAAUUAUGCGCAAGAUAUCCACGAUCACAACAUAUAAAUAACCAUGAAAUUCAACAAAUUAUUCGAAUUUUUUCCUCGAAAUGUCAACAUUUAUCUUUAUGUAUUCAAUCACCAAAUGGCACGAUCGGUUAUAUUUUAGAAAGUAUGCCUCGACUACAAACUUUACAUGUUAACAUUUUGGGAACAACAAUGUCACUAGUCGAUAUGGCAUGGUUACAAAAAGAACAGACUAUAUUCAACAGUUCGAAUUGUAUGAUAUUUAGUAAUGAAAAUGAUCAUUAUUUUUGGUUGGGAAAACAUAAAUCAAACAAAAACUUAAAGUAUGUGAAAUGA